CGAAUAUGUCUGUCUCACCAAGGUUGUCGUCCGAGAGGCGUGUCCCGGAACGUAAAGGCAGCAUUCGGCCAAGAUGGCGUCGCUUUCCGCGUUCCGAGUGUGCCUUCUCGUCUCUUUCUCCGCAUUCGUGACCGUGUCACUGGGCUUCGGCCUGCCGGCUCUGUUGAACGCCGCCACGGGGCUCCUGGGAGUGCCGGAGGCGAACGCGAGCGAGUGCGUGGUGGUCUGCUAUUUGCUCUUCGCCCUGUAUGUCGCGACACCGCGGAUCCCCAGAGGGCUGGUGGAGGCGACGGGCAAAGCGGUGUUCAUUACAGGUUGCGACAACGACUUUGGUCUGGCUCUGGCCCAACAUCUGCACAAACUUGGCUUCACCGUCUUUGCGGGAUGCCUGCUUAAGGAUAAAGGCGGAGAGGGUGCCAAGGUGCUGGAGGAGUUCCACUCCGGGCGCAUGAAGGUGGUCCAGCUGGACGUGCGCAGCGAAGACCAGGUGAACGGCGCCGCCCGGUUCGUCCGAGACAACCUGGAGGACUCGCAGAGAGGUCUGUGGGCGCUGGUCAACACCGCUGACGUCUCCACGUUCGGAGGAGUGGAGUUCACCUCCGUGGAAGCCUACAAAGAAGUUUCCGAGGUCAACCUGUGGGGCACCAUCCGGGUCACCAAAGCGCUUCUGCCGCUCAUUCGCCGGGCCAAGGGUCGCGUGGUAAAUGUUUCCGGCUUGUACGGCCGGAUGGGCAAUAUUGCUCAGUCGCCCGUCUGCGUGUCCAAGUACGGCUUGGAAGCGUUUUCCGACUGCCUCCGCUACGAGAUGAAGUCGUGGGGCGUCAAGGUGUCCGUCAUCGAGCCGGGGAAUUUCGCCGCCGCGGGCAGCCUUAGCCGCAAAGUCUUGGCCGGCACGGCCAACAAAUUGUGGGGCGAGGCCUCGCAGGACGUCCGGGAGGAUUACGGGAAAGGACGCUUUGAUCAGAUCAUGACACCGAUUCGCUCGCAGUGCAACGGCGGACACAGAGAUGCGAGUCCCAUGCUGGACGACAUCGCCGACGCCGUUACGUCCAAGCGUCCGUACGCCAGGUACAACGCCAUGGAGCCGUACUGGUGGAUCCGAGUGCAGCUGAUGACGCACCUGCCCGCCGCGUUGUCCGAUUUGCUGUACUUCUAAAUGGUGACAUUCCGGCUCAACGCCAUUCCUCGGAACUUGAAGCCUUUCACUGAUUAAGCCUUACAUUUCAAUCCUUUUUGAAAAAGUAAACUAUUGCACUUUGUCGGAGCCAC